AUGAUCAUCACCAAGCAGGGCCGGAGGAUGUUUCCUUUUCUGAGCUUUAACAUCACCGGCCUUAACCCCACGGCCCACUACAACGUCUUUGUAGAGGUGGUGUUGGCGGAUCCCAACCACUGGCGUUUUCAAGGAGGCAAGUGGGUGACCUGUGGCAAAGCCGACAACAACAUGCAAGGAAACAAGGUGUACGUCCAUCCCGAAUCUCCCAACACUGGGGCUCACUGGAUGAGGCAGGAGAUUUCUUUCGGAAAGCUGAAACUAACGAACAACAAAGGUGCCAACAACAACAAUGCGCAGAUGAUAGUACUGCAGUCUCUGCACAAGUACCAGCCACGACUUCACAUCGUGGAGGUGACUGAAGAUGGUGUUGAAGAUUUGAAUGAUUCCUCAAAGACGCAGACAUUUAUUUUCCCUGAAACGCAGUUCAUAGCAGUUACAGCGUAUCAAAACACUGAUAUUACCCAGCUCAAAAUUGACCAUAAUCCCUUCGCAAAAGGCUUCAGAGACAACUAUGACUCCAUGUACACAGCUUCAGAAAAUGACAGAUUAACUCCAUCUCCCACGGAUUCUCCUAGAUCCCACCAGAUCGUCCCUGGCGCCCGAUACAGCGUGCAACCCUUCUUCCAAGAACAGUUUGUCAACAACCUGCCCCCAGCCAGGUUUUACAAUGGUGAGAGAACCGUCCCUCAGACGAAUGGCUUGCUCUCCCCGCAGCAGAAUGAAGAGGUGGCCAGCCCUCCUCAGCGGUGGUUUGUUACACCUGUACAGCAGCCCAGUGCCAACAAACUGGACAUGAACUCCUAUGAGACAGAGUAUUCUCCUAGCACCUUGCUCCCUUAUGGCAUUAAAUCCCUCCCCCUUCAGACAUCCCAUGCUCUGGGGUACUACCCUGACCCGACAUUUCCAUCCAUGGCAGGCUGGGGGAGCAGGGGCUCUUAUCAGCGGAAAAUGACGACGGGAUUACCUUGGACCUCCAGAACAAGUCCUCCAGGUUUCUCUGAAGACCUGCUUUCCAAGGAGAAGGUGAAAGAAGAAAUCGGCUCAUCCUGGAUAGAGACUCCACCCUCCAUAAAGUCUCUAGAUUCAAAUGAUUCUGGAGUCUACACAGGUGCUUGUAAGAGAAGACGGCUCUCCCCUAGCACUUCCAGCAAUGAAAACUCUCCAACUAUGAAAUGUGAGGACAUUAAUGCUGAGGACUAUAGCAAAGACACUUCAAAAGGCAUGGGCUACUAUGCAUUCUAUACUAGUUCUUAA